GUACUUUGCCCAGGUCUACUCUGACAAAAGUAAAGUGGCGAAAAUCGUUUACAGCCUCCGUGGUCCGGGAGCAGAUCAGCCUCCUGUUGGUCUCUUUACCAUGGACAGAGACACUGGCAAUCUGUAUGUAACACAGGCACUGGACAGAGAGAACCAGGACAAGUACAGAUUAGAAGCACUUGCAGUGGAAGAAGGACAAGCUGAAGCAUCUGAGACCAUUGAAAUAAUUGUGAAUGUCAUCGAUCAGAAUGACAACAAACCAGUUUUCAGCAGAGACACCUUCCAGGGAGAAGUGCCUCAGUCCUCACCUAAAGGUUUUGAGGUGAUGACGGUUCAGGCCACAGAUGCUGAUGAGGGCAAUUCGGACAAACCGAUGUCUGCUAUCGCAUUAUAAGACAAGA